GGCGGCGCCGGAGCCUACGGGACUUUCCACGGGACCCUUCGCGCUCUCCUGCUCUCGUGGAAGAAGCCGGGGGUCACAGGCAGGCAGGUCGGUCGUGCCCGUCCCUCCGGGCAGGGACCAUGGCAGACACCGAGGACGCCCCGCGCGAUGCCGGGGAGGGCGCGGGGGAGGACGGCUCCCUCCAGAACGAAUCCUUCCCGCUCUCCUCUCUGGCCAACCUGUUCGAGAGCGAGGACAUCCCGAGCCCCGCCGAGGCAACCCGGGGUCCCCCCGGUGCCGGGGAUGGAAAGCAAAACCUCCGCAUGAAAUUCCACGGGGCCUUUCGGAAAGGCGCCCCGAAGCCCAUGGAGCUGCUGGAGGCCAGCAUCUACGAGUCCCCCGUGGUCCCCGCGCCCAAGAAAGCCCCCAUGGACUCCCUCUUCGACUACGGCACCUACCGCCACCACCCCAGCGAGAACAAGCGCUGGCGCAGGAGGAUGGUGGAGAAGCAGCCACCGGCCGCAAAGGGACCGGCUCCCGAGCCGCCCCCCGUCCUCAAGGUCUUCAACAGACCCAUCCUCUUCGACAUCGUCUCCCGGGGGUCCCCGGCCGGCCUGGAUGGGCUCCUCUCCUUCCUGCUCACCCACAAGAAGCGCCUCACAGACGAGGAGUUCCGAGAGCCCUCCACGGGAAAGACGUGCCUGCCCAAAGCCCUGCUGAACCUGAGCGGGGGCAAGAACGACACCAUCCCCGUCCUCCUGGACAUCGCCGAGAAGACGGGAAACAUGCGGGAGUUCAUCAACUCGCCCUUCAGGGACGUCUACUACCGAGGCCAGACAGCGCUGCACAUCGCCAUCGAGCGCCGCUGCAAGCACUACGUGGAGCUGCUGGUGGAGAAGGGAGCAGACGUCCAUGCCCAAGCCCGCGGCCGCUUCUUCCAGCCCAAGAGCGAGGGCGGCUACUUCUACUUCGGUGAGCUGCCCCUCUCGCUGGCCGCCUGCACCAACCAGCCGCACAUCGUGCACUACCUGACCGAGAACGGGCACAAGCAGGCGGACCUGCGGCGCCAGGACUCCCGCGGCAACACCGUGCUGCACGCCCUGGUGGCCAUCGCCGACAACACCCGCGAGAACACCAAGUUUGUCACCAAGAUGUACGACCUGCUCCUCGUCAAGUGCGCCAAGCUCUUCCCCGACACCAACCUGGAGGCCCUGCUCAACAACGAUGGGCUCUCCCCGCUCAUGAUGGCAGCCAAGACCGGCAAGAUCGGGAUCUUCCAGCACAUCAUCCGACGGGAGAUCACGGACGAGGACGUCCGGCACCUCUCCCGGAAAUUCAAGGACUGGGCGUACGGCCCCGUCUACUCCUCCCUCUAUGACCUCUCCUCGCUGGACACCUGCGGGGAGGAGGUGUCCGUGCUGGAGAUCCUCGUCUACAACAGCAAGAUCGAGAACCGUCACGAGAUGCUGGCCGUGGAGCCCAUCAACGAGCUGCUGAGGGACAAGUGGCGCAAGUUUGGGGCCGUCUCCUUCUACAUCAGCGUGGUCUCCUACCUCAGCGCCAUGAUCAUCUUCACACUCGUCGCCUACUACCGCCCCAUGGAAGGCCCUCCGCCCUACCCCUACACCAACACCGCUGACUACCUGCGCCUGGCCGGGGAGAUCAUCACCCUCCUCACUGGGAUCCUCUUCUUCUGCACAAACAUCAAAGACCUGUUCAUGAAGAAGUGCCCGGGUGUGAAUUCCUUCUUCAUAGAUGGCUCCUUCCAGCUGCUCUACUUCAUCUACUCGGUGCUGGUGAUUGUCACGGCGGGGCUGUACCUGGGUGGCAUCGAGGCCUACCUGGCUGUCAUGGUCUUUGCGCUGGUCCUGGGCUGGAUGAACGCCCUGUACUUCACCCGUGGGCUCAAGCUGACAGGGACCUACAGCAUCAUGAUCCAGAAGAUCCUCUUCAAAGACUUGUUCCGCUUCCUCCUGGUCUACCUGCUCUUCAUGAUCGGCUACGCGUCAGCCCUGGUGUCCCUCCUCAACCCGUGUCCCAGCAGUGAGUCGUGCAGCGAGAAGCCCAACUGCACCGUGCCCACCUACCCAUCCUGCCGGGACAGCCAGACCUUCAGCACCUUUCUGCUCGACCUCUUCAAGCUCACCAUCGGCAUGGGUGACCUGGAGAUGCUCGAGAGCGCCAAGUACCCCGGUGUCUUCAUCAUCCUCCUUGUCACCUACAUCAUCCUCACCUUUGUGCUCCUCCUCAACAUGCUCAUCGCCCUCAUGGGUGAGACCGUGGGCCAAGUCUCCAAGGAGAGCAAGCACAUCUGGAAGCUGCAGUGGGCCACCACCAUCCUGGACAUCGAGCGCUCCUUCCCGGUGUUCCUACGGAAAGCCUUCCGCUCGGGGGAGAUGGUCACUGUGGGGAAGGGCACGGACGGGACCCCUGACCGCCGCUGGUGCUUCAGGGUGGAUGAGGUGAACUGGUCCCACUGGAACCAGAAUCUGGGAAUCAUCAGUGAGGACCCAGGCAAGAGCGACACAUACCAGUACUACGGCUUCUCGCACACCGUGGGCCGGCUGCGGAGAGAUCGGUGGUCGACGGUGGUGCCACGCGUGGUGGAGCUGAACAAGAGCUGCCCGCCGGAGGAAGUGGUGGUGCCCCUGGGGACCGUGGGCACAGCGGAGCCUCGGGAGCGGAGGCACUGCCAUGCCCCGAGCUCCCCGCUCUAGCACGGCAGCACCGGCAGCUGAUGGAC